AUGGCAGUCAAUAGCAAUGUUCCAGCACCCGACCUCAAUGGUGCUCGAAAGGCAGAGGAAAGUUCCAUCAACGACAAAUAUGCUCAGGAACGCAGUAAACGAACCACGGGGAAGGGAAUGGCCCAGUACCUUGACCUUAGAUCGAAUAAGACACAUCUGAACCAAGAUCCGUGGGUCGAAACAAACACGCCCGUGUCACAAGUCGUCGAUGAUGAAGGCCAUGUCAUGGUUGUCAUCGUUGGGGCUGGAUACGGAGGUAUACUGUUUGCCAUCAACUUGAUUAAAUCGGGCUUCAAGCCAGAUGACAUACUGUUUGUGGAUCCUGCAGGUGGCUUCGGAGGCAACUGGUAUUGGAACAGAUAUCCUGGACUGAUGUGCGACGUCGAGUCUUACAUAUAUAUGCCCAUGCUCGAAGAGAUGAAUUACAUGCCGAAGCGGAAAUAUGCAAGCGGCGAAGAGCUGCGAACCUAUGCCAACAGCAUCUGCACCAAAUACAAUCUCCAUUCAAGGGCAAUGUUUCAGUCGUCGGUGAAGGGUCUGGAGUGGUCUUCGGAGAAAAGCGAAUGGAACGUGAAGAUCGAACAGUCCCCCAAGGGCGGAGAGACGACCCGUAUUGAUAUCAGCGCCAAUUUUGUUUAUCUUGCAAACGGAAUUCUGAACGAAGCAAAGCUGCCCAUCACCGAGGGCAGUGAUACGUUCAAGGGCGAAACUUUUCAUACCGCACGCUGGAGAUACGACAUCACUGGAGGUAAUCCUAGCGAGUGGACCCCGGAACUGACUGGUCUCAAAGACAAAAGGGUGGGUAUAGUCGGGACUGGUGCAACCGCCGUUCAAGUCGUGCCACAGCUGGCUAAGUAUGCCAAAGAGCUGUACGUCUUCCAGCGAACGCCGUCUUCUGUUGAUGUGAGAAACAAUCGAGACACCGAUGCAGCUACAUGGAAGCAAAUUGCUAGCAAGCCGGGUUGGCAAAGAGAACGCAAUCUUAACAUGUUCGCGUUCUCCUGUAAUCUUCAGCCCAAGCCGGAAGUAGACCUGAUCAAUGAUGGGUGGACCAGCAUGCCAAGCUUCUCAGCACUUGUCGGUAGCCCACAGUACAAUGUCACCCAAGACAAUGUGGCCGAGCAUGUCGCAAUGCUGCAUGCUCUGGAUCACCCUCGUCAGGAGCGUCUUCGACGACGUGUUGAGGAGAUUGUACAAGAUCCCGAGACAGCCAAAAGCCUUCAAGCUUGGUAUCCUGGGUGGUGCAAAAGACCCUGCUUUCAUGAUGAGUAUUUGCAGGCUUUCAAUUCCUCUAAUGUCACGCUGGUAGACACGAAUGGGAAGGGGAUCGAUCGGAUGACCCAGGACGGUGUUGUUGCUGCUGGGAAAGAAUUUGGUGUCGAUAUCAUGAUCUGGUCCACAGGCUUUCUGCMCCCAUCUGGUGCUCCCGCGGAAAAGGCUGGCAUCAAUUUGAUCGGCAGAGAUGGCCUCACCUUGAAGAAGAAGCAUGAGAAUGGGUAUUCAACGCUACACGGCAUUACAAGCAAAGGCUUUCCCAACCUGUUCUGGACCGGUGUAUUGCAGGUCGGGUCCAGUCCGAACCAGAUGUUCCUGUUGGAGAUUCAGGCUCGUCAUGUUGCCUUUAUCAUCGCAGAGUCAAGUCGCCGAUGUGGACCAAAGCCAAUUAUCGAGCCAACAGCGGAGGCGGAAGAGCAAUGGGCUCAAGUAAUCCUAGGAUCGGCAAUGACUUCCGCUGCCGUCGGAGUAUGUGGGCCAUCGUACUUCAACAAAGAGGGGGAACUCAGCGCAAAGAUGUCCCCAGAAGAGCAGAUGAGGGCAGCACGUGGAAGUAAUUAUGGCAAGGGCAUCGCAGCAUACGAUGWAAUUCUGGAUGGCUGGCGUGCGAACGACCGACUUGAGGGCCUCAGUGUGACCGCCGCGACUGACUGA